GCCACAAUCAACUGUAGCCAUUGUCCUGUAAAUAUAGUGAGUAAGCUCAGCUGAUCGUCAAGCAGAGUCUUCCCAUCAACCACUGCCAGAGAUAGCUUGCUUUACUCUCUUACUCUUUCUCACUACUUCAGCUGAAAUCAGUACUCAAUAUAUAUGGCCCUUCUUGUAGGUUUCAUGUACCGUCUGCUGCAUAUAGAGAUCAUCCGUCUCCUCAUGAAGAAGCGGACGGACCCAGAAUUUUCUCGACCCGAUAUUAAUGAGCUCGAUAUCUACAAGCUCGAUCCGUUUAUGUUACCUGAGCAUUCAGAAAUUAAGUCCGAUGAACAAGUUUGGAAUUUUUUCUGUAAGCCUGAUUAUAAGUACGCAAACAGUAAACGUGCCAACCGAAUAACUGUGAAUGGUUACUGGAAGAUUACAGGAAAACCCAUUGAAGUCAAGGAUAAAUUUGGCAAAGUGAUUGGUUGCAAGAAGACUUUGGUUUACCAUAGAUGUGUUGAUGUUGCUUCGAAGAUGGUCAAGAAGACUGACUGGGUCAUGAACGAAUUCUCUGUUGAGGACAGCUCUCGUUAUAAGAUGGAUUUUGUUUUCUGCUACAUUCAAAAAAAUCCAAAUAGCAAGUCUAAUGUUUCAACUCCUAAUAAUGAUCAACAUCAACUGAGUCAGAAUUUGGUUUCUGAUGCUGAAAUCUAUGCUACAGAAAAAAAUUCAGCAGAGGUUGAACAUCAGCAACCUUCCAGUCAGCCUUUUAGAAAAAACAUUUUGGAAGUGGAAUCCAAGGUGCAAUCACAUUACAAUUUGGUUCCGGGUACAGGAAAUCAUUUUCUGCCUAAGAAUUAUUGUAUGGAAGAACCUCAACUACUAUCAGAUCAAAAUUUGGGUUUGGAUCCAAGAAACAACUUUGCAGAUAAUGCUUCUCCAAAGGAGAUAGAAUGUCAACCACUAUCAGGUCACAAUUUGUUUUCUGAUGAUCAAAGAAAUCAUUUUGUGCCAAUUAAAUCUUCAAUAAAUGAUUCUGCAUUGAUUCCCUCUUCAAUGGUAGAAUCUCAACUACUAUCAAGUCAGAACUUAGUUUCUGAUUCUUCAGGAACUCAUUUGACACCAAAUGCUUCUUUGAUGGAAGACCUUCAACAACUUGCUGGUGCACUAUUUGGCAGUGAUCACAGCUCAGUGUACUCACUGCAGCGCUGGCCAAUUCACCCAGAACAUGGAUCCUCCUUCUCACACUCAAACGGCUUUGAUAAAAACUCUACUUUCCUGAGUUCUCAAUUUCAUGGAGAGCUUGAAGAUGAGCAGAUUGCACGAAGGAAUUUCCAGGACACAUAUCCUGACCAAGCAACUGGACAGACUCUUCCUGCUGAUACAGACACUGAUGACAUCGAUGCUUUCGUGGACGGGCUAAUUAUCGACAAUCCUCCUCUCAGUUAAUUAAAUUCUGGAGGAGAAUAUUAUUGUUAUUGACAUUAGAAGAAUGGUUUGCUCAUGUGUGAGAAUAAUGGCUUGUAUGUUUUUUGGCCCUGUUUUGAGAAGACUUGAAAACUCAGACUUGUCAUUCAUAUCUAUAUGUAAUACUAAUAGAAUGGCCAAGUUCCAGACAGUUGGAGCUUGUUUAAUGGGAAA